CCAGUCAUCCCUUUCAAACAUUUCAUUGUAUAUUAGCCGAGCCAGUUGACGAGACUCGUGUCUAUCCUGUCUAUCCUGUCUCCAAGCAUGACGUCAAGCAUUGUGGUGUUAUUUUCAGCGUGAUAUUCUUUAGCCGACAUCAUUAGCCAAUCAGACAAAUAAGUCAGCAUUCCUGGAACCAUGAUCACCUAGUGAUGCCUAUUAUCAUGAUAAUUAUCGGUCUGAAAUACUGGACAAGUUUGAAAUAAUGCACGUGGAAAUGUUUAUGUUUCUCCUGCUGAUGACGGAUGCAACAUGCAUCUCUGUCAGUGGCUGUCACACCAGUUUUAGUGCAGCCUACCAGGGUAACGUCACCGACUGUCAAAGACAGAAUCUCACUCAAGUGCCAUCAGAUCUUCCAAAGGACAUUGUAGGUUUGGAUUUACAAGAUAAUCUUCUCACCCGAAUAUCCAACAACAGUUUUAGCACUUUAAGUAACCUCAGAUUCCUUUAUCUGAGUGCCAAUCCGCUAAAGAUACUGCAGAGAGAUGCUUUCAAAGGUCUUGGUAAACUGGAAGUCUUGGAAAUGUCUUGUGACACGCUUUCAUUGGACACGACAACAUACCCAGAUGGACUGUUCCAGUAUUUGGUUAGUCUGAGGCAAUUGGUUCUGUUAGGAAGUAUAAAUAACGAAGGACAAUUCCCUACUGAUAUCGUCCAAGGUCUAAAAAGUCUAGAAGAGAUCCGUAUUAACUCCUGGCCUAAAGACGGAAAAUGGCCUCAACUAGAACAGUUGAAAGACACCCUCACACUUCUGAAUAUCAAUACCAUAGGUAUACCUGUUAUUGGAAACACAACCUUUCAAGCUUUGCGUGAUAUUCCACUUAAAAUAUUAAAUUUCAACGGUGUUGUUAGAAAUAUAGAAGCAGGAGCAUUUUGUCCUUUUAAGAACCUAACCAAUUUGCUAAUUGGCCUCUCGCAUGGAAGCACGACCAAGUUCGUCUCCAUAACAAGAGCUCUUCAGUGUUUGGCUGGAAGACAUAUGGAGGAAAUAAUACUGUCUCGAGUUGUUACCACAGGAGAAAGCAGUGUGACUCUAACAGAGGAGAUGUUCGGUUAUCUUGCAGAUAUAUGUGUGAAAAAGCUAGACAUGUCUCAUAAUAAGAUUACACAAAUUAAUGAUAAUGCCAUAACCAAUUCGACUUUCUUCAGAUGUAUCGAAUAUCUAGACUUGUCUCAAAACUUGUUGAAUGAUAAAUUGCCCCCUGCUGCAAAAAAUAUGUACAUGAUGGUAAAUCUGAAAUAUCUGGAUUUGUCUCGGGGUACAAAAUUGAUCUUUUCUCUCAGUAACAAAUAUAAUACCACAAAACGAGGAGGGGUGUAUUUUCCCAUACCUCCUAAUCUAAGUUAUUUAAACCUCAGCAGAUGUUCCAGUUCUUACCAUUUGUAUAUCAGUUUAACACUGACACAAAGCGAUCCUCUAUCUGUGUUAGAUUUCUCUAGAAAUGAUCUUUUAGACAUUCCGUCAUAUUUAGAAUGCUGUAAAAACCUGAAACUCUUGGACAUAUCCCAUAUGAAGAUCAGUCAGAAUGUAUUCAACAACACCAACAUGGUGACGAAUCUCCAAACAUUGCUUGUUCAUGAUGUGACGUCAGAUGAAGACAUGUUUGUGUCCCCAUCUGAACCUUUUUUCCAUGUCAUGCCCAAACUAACAAGACUCGAUUUGUCAGGCAAUAAUCUACAGCUUAUCAACAAAAAUACAUUGAGAAACUUUAACAAAUUGGAAAACCUUUCUCUUGCACGAAAUCGACUGGAUGACGUACCAGAAGAAAUCCUGAUGAUGGCUAGGCUCAAACAUUUGGAUAUGACAUCGAAUUCCCUGUCAGUCAUCAGUAAACAGCAACAGACAAUGCUCGAUGACUUUGUUGUGAAUAACGGUUCGUUCUACCUCUACCUAACAGGCAACAUCUUCAGCUGUAGCUGUGGAACUCUUCACUUCAUACAAUGGUUACUUGAAACUGAUGUCACUUUAGAUCACCAUGGUAACUACAGCUGCAUCCUUGGUGAUGGAACGUUGUCUGAUACAGCUACCUUUUAUGCAAGCAGGACAUUACAGUGGAGAACAUGUGUUGGUCAGUUCUGGUUGGCGAUGGCCAUAGUUGGAAACUUAAUUGCACUGUUGUCUUUACUUGUAGCUUUUCUUUUCAAGAAAUAUUUCCCCAUAAUAGAAUACCGCGAAUUGGAUAUCCUUGGUUAUAACCCAAGACGCCGACCACAAAGGGAGGAUUUUGAUUAUGAUGCCUACAUAUGCUAUGAAAGUGCUGAGUAUCAUUGGCCAUGUCAUUGUCUCUUCAAGGAGCUCCAAAAGGUCCCCCCUGGUAUAAGACUGUACCUGCCCGACGUACAUGAACCUGUAGGGUAUUCCCAUGCUGAAGCGACCAUUGAUGCUUUGUCGAGAAGUUGGAAGAUUGUUAUCGUGCUUACAGAGAACUUCCUGAGAGACGAAUGGAUACACUUUACUGUCCUGUCUAUUGUCAAACUGAUGUCCGUGAACAACGCAAUCACGGACCGGGUCCUGCUUCUGUACAGGGAUAUGUCCUUGGCAGCGAGAGCUCGAGUUCCUCAUUUUCUCCUCAACGUGGUUUCAGAGGAACACAUUCUGGACGUGGAGGAACACCCCCAGUUCUGGACACAUCUGUGUCAGCGUAUCCUCAACGCUGAUCCCGCAGCCUUAUUCUAAAACUUAACAUUUGAUGUUUAAUACAAUAUAUUUAAUAUCUUUACGAGAAUGUCAAAAGUGAGAUGAGUUCUGUUCAUGAUGAAAUUGACUGAAAGUUCGAAGCAUAUGAAAGAAAGGUACAAGAUUUCCAACAAAUAUACUGAGGGGUUAUAAAAAGGAAACAAAUGUAUAAUGCUGUUGAUAAUUCUUUAGUCAUAAAGAACCUGAAUGUUCACACGCACGAGGAUAAGGAUUCGCGAGUGACAAAGAACAAGGUGUUGGCGCUUCUGCCUGACGAUCAGGAACUACGCAAACAAUGUUAAAAUAAAAGGAAGAGGCCUAGAGGAAAUAAACCCACGUUUAGUCAGAGCAACUAUGGAUUCUUUGGAAGCAAAAGCUGAAGUUAUGAAGGCUAAAUCUACGCUGAAAGACUCUCGUAAACAUAGGGAUAUUUAUACUGAACAUUGCACAACCCCUGAGGAGUGAAUGAAGCCCUACAUCAAGAUGUGAGGUUGCAGUACGCGUGAUUGACUACAUAACAGACUCUUUUAACGUUUCCAUGGGUACUAAGCAAGGUUGCAAAUUGUCACCAACUCUAUUUUCUCUAUAUAUAAAUGAUGUUGCCAAGCUGAUAACGACUCUCAAAUGGGUGUACCAUUGGAUAAUGAAAUGUUACCCAUUUUUGUUAUACGCUGAUGAUAAUGCGUUGUUAGCUCAAAAUACAAAAUAUCUGCAACAUAUGUUAGAUAUUGUAUGUACUUGGUGUUUAAAAUGGUGUAUUAGUAUUAAUGAGAAAAAUCGAAAUUGUCUGUUUUCGGGGGGGGAUCUAUUUUUAGAUCUUGUUAUAUGUCUUCUUGUUACAAUACUCACAUUUCUUAUGACAGCGCUUAUCGUCAUUUAGGAUUGUGUCUAAAAGAAUAUUUAGACAUGCACAAGCCUUUGAAAGAGCUUUGUUAGUCCGCUAGUAGAGAGUUAACUGCUCUGUACACUAAGUAUAUUUAUGCUGUUGGAAUGUCACAUUAUGUUUUUACGAAGUUGUAUAAAUCGCUGGUACAACCAGUUUUGUUUUAUGGUGCCAGUAUAUGGGUCUUUCAUAGUUUUAAAGAAGCUGAAGUUGUGCAAAAUAAGGCUGCCUGAAUGUUUCUUGGUUUAAGUAAACGUGCACCUGUUCUUGCAAGUAGAGGGAAUAUGGGCUGGUGCUCAGUUACGUUUACUCAGAAAACAGAAUGUUUCAGACUUAUAUCUAUGCAGCAAGAGCUUCUGCCUGAUAUUAUUCACCGAUUCUUUGGAUGUUUUACCACUUCUUACUCGAAAUCAGAUUGGGUGUUAAAUGCUGUGUUGGGUAUAUUAAAAACGUUUUAUUUCAGGAUGACGUAGUUAAUUUUCACACUUCGUUUUGGAAUGUUAAGUGUAAUGUAAAUGGAAAUAAGUUACGUACUUACAGAAAAUAUAAGUUUACACCUGCUGUUGAUUUCUAUGUUAAAAAUAUUGUGUAUAGAGACCACCGCCGUCUUUUAGCCAAGUUUAGAUGUUCAAUUUUACCUUUGUUUGUUGAGACAGGUAGAUGUUCCAAACCUUCUAUACAAUUAUCGGAAAGGUUAUGUAAAUAUUGCGAUUGUGAUUUGGUGGGAGAUAAAUGUCACUUUUAACUACAAAGCUGUUUUAUGAAGAUUUACGGUAUGAUUUAUACUGCCCAGCUGAAAAAAAAACCUGAAGUUUAAUGUGAUAUGCGAAGAAGAGAAAUUUAUUCAUUUUAUGAAUUCAAACGUUUUACCAAAGUUGCUUGCCGCAACGCUUUUGAAAAUGUUUAAGAGACGACAGUUGUCACCAUGAUUAUUUAAUUGCUCUCUCGUUCUUUAUUGUCCUGUGAGUCUUCUGAAUUCGUAGCUAAAUUUCCCACCUCUCACAUUGUAUGUAUGUAUAUAAUUUGUUUAUGUUGUAUAAAGUGUCUUUGUCUGGAUGGACGCACUCCAUACACCUUUUGUGCUAUGCGUCAAUUUUAUAUUGUACAUGUUGUGCAUGUGACACUUAAAUAAACGUUUUACAAUCAA